CGGAACACGGUGUCAUGGAUGCUGCAGAUCCGUCUCCUCUGCGGCGUUUUGUUGUGGCGAAGCAUUCAAUCACCUCCAUCUUCGAUCAGCUGCUGGACUUUGUGAAGGAUGGAUCUGCCUUUGUGGACGAGGCGUGGCGGGGCGAUGACCUGGGCCAGGUGGCUGUGGAGGAGCAGAGUCUGGAGAUGCAGAGCUGCGCCACCAAACUGUCGACCAUCCGAGAGGUUCUGCUCAGGAGGCACAUGAAGGUGGCCUUCUUUGGCAGGACCAGUAACGGGAAGAGUACGGUGAUCAACGCCAUGCUCAGAGACCGCGUGCUACCCAGCGGCAUCGGACACACCACCAACUGUUUCCUGAGAGUGGAGGGAACCGACGGAGACGAGGCCUUCCUCACCGCCGAGGCGUCCAAUGAGAGGAGGAGCAUCACGACAGUGAACCAGCUGGCUCAUGCCCUCCACAUGGAUCCGACUCUGGACUCUGGCAGUCUGGUGAAAGUGUUCUGGCCUAAGAGUCGCUGUGCUCUGCUGAGAGACGACCUGGUUCUGAUGGACAGCCCGGGCACUGAUGUCACUCUGGAGCUGGACAGCUGGAUCGAUAAGUUCUGUCUGGACGCCGACGUCUUCGUUCUGGUAGGAAACGCAGAGUCGACACUGAUGAACACGGAGAAACUUUUCUUCCACAAAGUCAGCGAGAGAAUCUCUAAACCAAACAUCUUCAUCCUCCACAACAGAUGGGACGCUUCAGUGAGCGAACCGGACUACAUCGAGGAGGUGAGGAAGCAGCACCUGGACCGCUGUGUGAGUUUCCUGGCCGAGGAGCUGAAGGUGGUGGGUCUGGACGAGGCUCCAGGGCGGAUCUUCUUCGUCUCGGCCAAAGAGGUUCUGAGCUCCAGGAUGCAGCGAGCGCAGGGCAUGCCUGAGACAGGUGAGCCAGGUGGCGCUCUGGCUGAAGGUUUCAAUGAGAGACUGAGAGAGUUCCAGAUGUUUGAGAGGACAUUCGAGGAGUUCAUCUCUCAGUCUGCAGUGAAGACCAAGUUUGAGCAGCACACAGUGAGAGCGUGGCAAAUCACUGAGGCCAUCAAAGCUGUGAUGGACGCCAUCAACAUCACCUCUGCAGACAGGAAGAUCUUCUGCCUGGAGGAGCGGGAGGAUCAGAGGGACCGGCUGGAUUUUGUGCGAGGACAGAUUAACCGUCUGAGCGACAACGUCAAAGAGAGGAUCAGGACGCUGACUGAUGAUGUCUCUGCCAAGGUUGCGGCGGCUCUGUCGGAUCAGAUCCGGUCUCUUCCUGUUCUGGUGGAGGAGUUCAGAUCUGAUUUCAACCCGACACAAGAAACUCUGGAGCUUUAUAAAACUAAGCUGCUGCAGCACGUGGAGGAGAGGAUGGUCGGCUGUUUGGCUCAUCGCUGCUCCGUCAGCGUCCUCAGAGACAUCAGAGACGCUCAGAGUCACAUGAUCGACAGCGUCCGUCCUCUGCUGUCUCUGUGCGUCCAGGAGCAGCUCUCCGCUCCCUCCACCUCCUUCGAGUUGACCUAUGACCUCGGCCUCGCCGCCCUCUGCGCUGACUUCCAUGAAAACAUCGAGUUCCAGUUUUCUCUGGGCUGGACCGCCCUCGUCACGCGCUUCAUUGGAGCCGCCAACGCCAAGCGAGCGCUGAGCGGCUCCGACCCUCGACUGCAGGAAAGCUCCGCCUUUAAGGAUGAGAUGGUGGUUUCCAUAGCAACAGGUCUGGUCUCUGUCACCUCCCGGGCGUCCAUGACGGUGUUGGUGAUUGGUGGAGUGGUGUGGCGCUCGGUGGGCUGGCGUAUCAUCGCUCUGUCCCUCUCUCUGUACGGUCUCCUCUACCUGUACGAGAAACUCACCUGGACCAACGUCAGCAGAGAGCGCGCUCUGAAGCAGCAGUUUGUGGAGCACGCCGCCCACCGCCUGAGAGCCAUCAUCCCCAUCACCAGCUCUGCCUGCAGUCAGCAGGUGUACAAGGAGCUGACGUCCACGUUCAGCCGUCUGACUCAGAGAGUCGAUCUGAGUGAAGCCGAGCUGGAGGGAAACAUCCGGCAGCUGAGCUUCAGGAUCCAGAGACUGGAGAACAUCCAGAGGAGGUCCAAGGCCUUCAGGAACAGAGCCACGGAGCUGGAGACUCAGCUGGAGGCCUUCUCUGUUCAGUACCUGCAGGGAAACUGAAGAAGAAGAAGAAGAAGAAGAAGAAGUUUGUUGGAGAGCAGCGCCCCCCGCUGGUCUGUUUGGACUGAACUGUCUCAGGGUGUUUCCUUACUAAACACAUGGUGAAUAAAUACAGGAAACAUUGUCAGCACUCAAUAAUUAACUUGUGAAACAGUGUAGUCAAAGUGUCUGUAGCCUCUGUGGAUCAAUCGCUGAUCAAUGAAUGACCUUAACACAGUAUUAGUAACAGUCUCUGUUGUUCCGGCUCUGAAGAUGUUUCAGUUAUUACCUCCGCCAAGGACGUGAUGUUUCCACCUCAGACUGUUGGUUGGUCAGUUUUUUUUCUGCAGAAUUUCACUAAAACUUCUCAACAGAUUUCUUUCAAACUCACGUAAGUGUCGCCCUCAUUAACUUGGUGCUGAUCCAGAUAAAGAGAUGGAUCAGGAAGUCCUUCUCUGACGUUGUUUGAUAAUUUCUCAGGGAUCCAAAAAGAAGUGGCUUUGGGUCGCUGGUGUCUGAGCGAGUAAAUCUGACGUGGAUUGAAAUAAAAAUCUGGCAGGUUUAAAUGUUUUGACGAAGCUUGAUUGAAUUAAAGGGGACUGCUGGCGGAGGUAUGCACUCUACCGAGAGCCUCUAGUUAUUAAAAUAUUAUAUUUUUUAAUUUGCAUCAACUCAGGUUUAAAAUGUCGUGAACUUCAGUGUGAGAGUUCACUCUUAAAAUUGACAAAAUCUUAACUCAAGAUCAACUUACGGACGUUUCCUGCAGCUUUCAGCUGCGUCACACUGUCUUCUUCAGUCUGAUGGAGACGAGCUGCUCUCGCUCUGUGACUGCUGGACUGCUGAUGGCUGAAACAUGGCUGCCUGCUGCUGGUCUGAUGUCAGUCUGAAUGUAAUGACGCAGCACUUUGUGUUGUGACACUGUAAAACGCACCGACAGCUAACCCUUCUGUCUCGCACAUCAUGAAUUAAUAUGUGUUAAUGUCAUUUCUGCUGAUAACUGAAGUCGAUGAUGUUUGUAAUAUUAUUUUGUCAUUAAAGAUAAUUAAACAGCAGUGACACAGA